AUUUUGGUUUGAGAAGGAAGGACGAGCACUCUGGAGUUAAACUGGAUAUCUGAACACCUAAAACAGCCGCAAAAAAAGCUACAACAUGGAAGUUGAGGAGCUCCAUGCAGACAUGCAGAGUGAAUUCCAGCCUGCUGCUUUGGGUGCAGGUGACAUGGAGGCUGUGGAGGCUCUGAUGUCCAUGACUAAACACUGGAAGACCCGGAGCUUCAAGCUCAGGCACUUCAGACCCUUGACUCCGUCCUCCGACUGCUCGGAGGAUGACUCAGUCCUGUAUGGGUCCACUGCUCCACAGGACCCUCUUUUGUGUAUGACACCGCCAUACAGUCCACUCAACUUUGAAGCCACCCAUUCACCCUCAGCAGCAACCUCACUUCAGCCUGCAGCAGCUGGAAGCUGGCAGCCAGUAGAGGAGACUCACCUGCAGACGCACACGGUCGCUUCUCCACAGCGGUUUCAGUGCACCAGUGUAAUCCGUCACACUUCAGAGGGUCAGCGUGGCUCCUGUGACGUCCACCCCAGACUCACUCAAGACCAUUCAAAAGACUUAAAAACAGAUUUGAGCUCUGAAUUUGGGCUGAACAGUAAAGAGAGUAGUGUAAUACAGAGUGACUCUAAUGCAGCUGUAACACUCGAGUCUUCCACUGUGACUCUGCCAAAUGUGGGUGAAGCCAGCCAGACCCAAAUGAGUGCUUCAAGUCUGGAUGAUAAAUCACACACAUCUCAGGCCGUCUCCUCUGCCCCAGCUGGAUGCUCAGGGGUUUCUUCUGUGCCUGUCUAUUGCCAGAUCUUUCCUGUCCCGUCUUCUUCCUCCUCCGUCUCACCCUCUGACGGUCAGAAGCAACACCUUCCUAUCACCACUGCACCACAACAGCAGCACAUACAACCACAAACACUAGCAGCUUCUCCUGCCCAGGUCUUCCUCCUAGGGGGUCAGAUGGCAAAAUGCCCUGUCAUGCUCCUUGUCUCACAGCCGACUGUCCCUACACUCUACGUCCAGCCAGCACCGGUGACCCCUGGUGGCACCAAGCUGGCAGCCAUCGCCCCCGCGCCUGGUCGUGCCUUGUUGGAGCAAAGACAAAACCCACUGCAGCCAGAAGUGUCCCGUGUUCGCAGUCAUAUUUGUCCCCAUGAGGUCUGCAGGAAGACGUAUUUCAAGAGCUCCCAUCUCAAGGCCCACAUGAGGACACACACAGGCGAAAAGCCCUUCAAAUGCAAGUGGGAGGGCUGCGAGAGACGCUUCGCUCGUUCCGAUGAGCUGUCACGCCACCGACGUACUCACACAGGAGAGAAACGGUUCGCCUGUCCUGUUUGCUUAAGCCGCUUCAUGCGCAGCGACCACCUUGCUAAGCACGCCCGACGACACCUAGCAGAGAGGAAGACGCCCUGCUGGAUGUUAAAGGUCGCCCAGGCUGCUGCUUCCACAACACUCUGUCUGUCGUCAUCAAACUCUCUCUGAGAUGUCCUGAUGAGACGGCAAAGUAAAAACUGUGAUACUGAAUGUGAGGCUUUGUGAGUCUAACAGUGCGGAGGAGUGUGUGCCUCUACACAUCGCCAGACAGCUCAUUACACUGGAACAACACGGCUGAAAAGUACAUUAAGUUGCAUUUAAAGUCUUUGAUUGUUUGAAUAAGGACGAGGUGUUGAGUCUGAUUAUAUCUGACUUCAAACGACUGCUUUUAACACUAAAUACAGUAUUUACACUGAAAAUAUCAACUUUAGAUACUGUUUUGUAAUGCAUUUCCAUCACACUUUUACAAAUGAAUGCUAAACAUGUUUACUUUUCAGUUAUACAAGACCAAAGAAUGUUAAAUAUUGCUCCUUUGUGCCAAACACUAAUCUAUUUGUUUAAAAAAAAAAAAAAACAAUUUUGCACAUUUAUUUCUUGCAGGGAAAAUAGAAUUCUUUAUUAAAGUUGAAUAUAUAUUUUCUUGAUUUUUGUUUUUUUGUUUUUAAAUGUCCAGAUCUCUUUUAGUGUAGCAUGUGUCCUGCCAACUUAACAUGUAAUUGCAGAGGGAGAAUAACUCGUUGUUAGCCUUUGAUCACAUUAUCCAGGAUAAGAAAUGAACUAAGUCAUCAUGUUAUGAAAUGAUUUCUGAAAGUGGUUACCUGUUAUGUAGGUAUGUAUGUGCAGUAGCAGCAGGGCAUCCAUAAGAAAAUUAUAGGUCUGUAAAGGGGAGACACUACAGGUGAAAAUAAGUCAUCAAUUUUGAGAAUUUAGGCUAUUUUGCUUCCAUAACAUGUAUUCUUUCAGACUACAGGAAAGAAAAACCCUCGAAAAACACAUUUAGCUGUUUAUUUUAGCAACUUCUGUUCUGGAAAUGUAUGCAAAAGUCCAUAUUUAACUAGAUAAUGUCUUACUUGCAUAUUAAACAUAACAUUUCAAGAAAAUGUUACUACAAAAA